AUGACAAAAUAUGAUGUGCCUGUAUGGCACAAGGACUUUAACCAUUCACGUUUCAAUGUGGAGAAGGCUGAUGCUGAUGGGAUGUAUCGACUUGCUAUUACAAACACGGACCCAACAGAUGAAGCCGUUUACUAUUGUGCAGUGAGAACAGCCUAUGAAGUCAACUUUAUCAAUGGGACUCUUUUACUAUUGAAAGGUAAGAAUCACCAAAGGUCACACUACCAUACUGUGGUGCAGAGGCCAGUGUCUGACCCAGUCCAUCCAGGAGACUCUGUGAUUCUGCAGUGUACAGUACUCUCUGAGACCUGUACAGGAGAACACAGUGUGUACUGGUUCAGAGCCGGAUCAGGAGAAUCCCAUCCAGGAGUCAUUUACUCCCCUGGGAACAGGAGUGAUGAGUGUGAGAAGAGCCCUGAGACUCCCUCUCCUACACAGAGCUGUGUCUACAGCCUCUCCAAGAACAUCCUCAGUCUCUCUGAUGCUGGGACUUACUACUGUGCUGUGGCCAUAUGUGGUGAGAUCCUGUUUGGCAAUGGAACAAACCUGAAUAUUGAAAAAGCAACAGAUCCUGUAAUCAUUGCUCUGGGAGUGACCUCGGCCGUCUGUCUGAUUGGGAUCAUUGUCCUCAUCUGCACCAGACAUACUAGACCAGUUUGUGAACAUUGUAAAGUGGGUGCUUCUCAGCAUAUCGGACAUGACAACUACACUAGAGAAUCAAGCAGCAAGGAUCAAGAUGCAGAUACCCUGAAUUAUGCUGCAUUGAAUUUCUCUGAGAGGAAAACUAGAAGAGGAAGAAAGAAGAGAGAGACACAACAUGAGAGUGUGUACUCUGAUGUCAGGUACUCAGACUGGGACUGAACUGCAGUGCAGAGGAAUACAUUUUGGUCAAGAAUCGAUUUUUUUAAUUGCUAUUAUAUACUUUAAUUGUCAAGACAAAAAAGCAACACUCUUUUUGUAUCAUAGGGCAUCAGGGUUUUUCUCAUCUCUGCAACCCAGA